AUGACCCAAUUGCCCUUGCAGACGCGGCAUCCGCACAUCGACAUGGGCUGCACAACCUCCUGCAUUGCGCCAUCCGUGGCUGAACUCAAUAAAUCUGUGAAAGUCGGCGAUGAACGCAUGAUACUUUUGAAGCUGGCUGCGUGUCCCAAGCUGCUAAGCACCACGACGUCGGUUCUUUCCUCGGCGGGAUUAACCCCCGUCCACCAGGCCUGCGAGAGCAAGCAAGUCAAGGUCGUGGAACAGAUACUCUCCUUCAUGUCAUGCUCCUCCCUCGAGACUGUACGGGAGGCGCUGAUGCCGUACUGCCGGCGCGUGGGGCGGCAGCUGCCGUCCUCGGUAGUGGAGGGCGUCCGCCUCGUGGUGGACAUGGCCAACUCAAAAGGCCAGACCCCCCUCAUGUACGCGUGCUUCUCCGACUGCCCCGAGAUCGUCAAGCUGCUGCUCGCCCAGGGUGCGGACCCAUGGGUGGGGGACCGCUGCGGCCGCCGUACCGCCUUGCACUACGCGGCCAUGGGCGGCAGCUCGGCGUGCAUCCAGGCCCUCCUGAAACACAUUUCACCGCGUUUGCUCACACGACAGGGCGUAAGGUACGUGGACGCCCGGUCUCUGUGCGGGCUGACCCCCCUGCACUACUGCGUCUACUACGGUAACCUGGAGGCCCUCCGGGAGCUGCUGCACCACUUCGACCCGCAGAUCAACGCCGCCACCACCAGCGAGAGCUACGACGUGUCGGUCACCUGCGAGGCGAGGUCCGCGCCCCUGCACUUCGCCGCGGUGACCGGGAACGAGGAGGCGGCGCGAGAGGUGCUCCGAUACUACGCGCAACACCGGGGCAACCGGGCGGUCGCCGACCCCCGCACACGCAGCAAUGCAGCGGGACAGCUGCCCUGGCAGGUCGCGCUGUCCCACCACCCCGCCGCCCUGAGUAUGGCUUCCCUGCUACACCCCGGGCAGCCCCUGGAGCGACUGCUGGAGGCCGGGACGGGGCCGCACGGGGCCCCGGGGGCUGGACUGGGACUGGGGCCGCCACCGCUGGUCGCCAUCGCCGCCGCCGCGCUGCGAACCAAACUGCUGUCAGAGGUUCGGGACAUCCGGGACCAGCACCAGCCGGACAAGACGGUGCGGGUGCGGGAAGGAGCAGUAAGCAACGAGGCCGAGGUGGGGGGGAAGGAGGCAGCGGGGAGGACGGAGGAAGGCGGCGGCGAUGCCGCUGCUGCGGCCUCCAUUGCAAGGGGAGAGUUUGAAGCUGCGACGGCAUUGGCGGCAUGUACGGAUACGGCGGCGGCGGCGGUGCGCGUUGGCACCUCAGUCUGCUGCGGCUCCAGCACUUGCGGGGAAAGGUCGGGGCGCCGCAUGGGGCAGUACCGUGCCGGCAGGGGCCGCCGCAGCGCCUCUGUUGCGCCCCUGCCAGACUGCUGCUCAAGAUGCACGCAAGAUGCCACAACAAGAGCAGCACCUCAAGCAGCAGCAGCUACUGCCGCUGUCGCCACCUCCGCCAUCUCCUGCUACAGCUCGUGCGGUCCUGUGGAGGGAGGCCAGUCCCAGUCCCGGGUCGCGUGCGGAGCCGGUCACCCCCGUGGGCCCCCUGUGGGUGAGGAGGGCCAGGCGUGUGGGCCGGCAGCGUCGACUGCAGCGCCAGCACCGGCGGCCAUGCAGGAAGUUAAGGAGGAAGGUGAUGAUGAUGAUGAUGAUGAUGAUGAUGAUGAUGACAAGGAGGAUCUUGAUUGCGGUGUGUGUUUUGCUGCUCGCGUGUCCGUGUCCCCGGCUGGCUGCUCCCACGGUCUGUGCACCGAGUGCGCGGAGCAGCUGUGUGGUGGAGUGACCCGGCGGCCUCUGCAGUGCCCCUUCUGCAGGCGGGUGGUGACGGGGUUCGUCAAGCUGCGCUCUAAGCCGCAGCCGCACUAG